AUGUGCCACCACAGCAUUGAACGGCCCCUUGUGCGACUCGGGGCCCGAGUUCCCAUGCGCGAUGUGGGAUGGACGGGGUGCAAAGUGGUGGUGGUGGUGGUGGUGGUGGUGGUGGUGGUGGAGGGGCACCACUUUAUUAAGGAGAUAAAGGAGGAGAUAGAGCAGGAGAUAAAGCAGAUAGAGGAGAUAAAGAAGGAGAUAGAGCAGGAGAUAAAGGAGAUAGAGAAGGAAAUGAAGAAGGAGAUAAAGCAGAUAGAGACGGAGAUGAAGGAGGAGAUAAAGCAGAUAGAGGAGAUAAAGGAGAUAGAGAAGGAGAUGAAGGAGAUAGAGAAGGAAAUGAAGAAGGAGAUAAAGCAGAUAGAGACGGAGAUGAAGGAGGAGAUAAAGCAGAUAGAGGAGAUAAAGGAGAUAGAGAAGGGGAUGAAGGAGAUAGAGAAGGAAAUGAAGAAGGAGAUAAAGGAGAUAGAGACGGAGAUGAAGGAGGAGAUAAAGCAGAUAGAGGAGAUAAAGGAGAUAGAGAAGGGGAUGAAGGAGAUAGAGAAGGAAAUGAAGAAGGAGAUAAAGGAGAUAGAGAAGGAGAUGAAGGAGGAGAUGAAGGAGAUAAAGAAGGAGAUAGAGAGGAGAUAA